ACACAGCAAAAUCACCAGAGUUAAAAUCCUGGUGUUACGGUGUUUCAGAGUAAAGAGUUAAUUUCACAGAGUGGAAUUUUCAGAAAUCAGCACAACUGGUGUAAAAAUUACUCUCUGACUGGUGAGACUAUGAGGAGUUGGACCUCAUUAACACGGGUUUUGUGUUAAGUUACAUCCGGGACAUUUACAAGCUGUUCGCGCCUACUCGAAACUUUUCUCUCACAGACGCCAUUUUAUUUGACUGGAUGUGCGGAGGAGACAGCAUUAUAUUUACUGGUGAAACACAAAGUAAGUUAUUUAUUUAAGAUUGUAUUUUUGUUUAACUAUGUUUUUGGCAUCAAAAGCUGUUUUAUCAAUCAAAUUUGAUUAGUUAAAUGUUUUUACGUGGCAUCCGGGACUUUUACAUGCUGUUCGCGCCUAACAAGCUAAUUUUUACCUCACACACAGAUUGUAUUUUCUUCACUCCUGACGCAGCAGAGCGACAAGAUUCUUUGUCAGUAUUCAGUAAAGAUAAGGAAAAACAGUAAAGAUAAAAGGUUAACGUCAUGUUUGUAAAAGUGCAGUUCCAAGGCUCUAAGAAAUUCAUCAAGCUGAACGAUGGAUUCACUUUCACUGAUUUUAUAACUGAAGUGCAAAGCAGAUUUGAAAUGCACACUGGAGCAGACUUGCGGAUAUAUGAUGAAUCCCACACCGAGAUUGAACAAGACCUUUUAGGAGAGUUGCUUGAAGCAGACCCAAAAUCAACGUUAAUCAUUGAAGACCUUAGUAAAGUUUGUGUGUCAGAGGAAGCAGCCAGCUCCUGCACAGAUACGCAGUCAAUUACAAGUCCUUCAUCUAGUGAACUUCAUGUGCCCUCUGGAAGAUGUACCAAGAAAUCCAAAAUGUCAGAGCAGAGUGAUGAAUUUAGGGCAACAUCAGCUAAGGAGAUGGUUCUUACUGCCAUAAAAGAAAAAUCUAAAGGAGAUGACAUUCUUGAAGAGUACAAGGCCACCAACACCUUGUCAAAUGAGAUGAGAAGAGCUCUUGUCAACAUAUUGGUGGGACAUAUGACCGAGAAACAUGGGAGGAUUCCACCUGUACAGCAGAGAGAGCAAUAUGCCCUUGGAAUAGUGACUUUGUUUCCGUCAUUGAAAGACCCAUUUUCUAAGAAGGGAUAUGAGCACUUCUACGAUGCUGCAAGUGGGAGUGGAUAUCUUGCUUGGCGUCUAAAGACUGUCCUUAGAAACACUCGUCGCACUGAAAAAACUGAGCCUACAUCUCUACAAGGUGGUCCAAAGGUCAAGAGAGCCAUUAGCUUAGAACAACAACUUGAUGGCGAUGCUGCUUUGGAGGCCAUUUCGCUUCUCGCUCAUACAGGAGUUGAAUCAACUAUUUUUGAGAAGAUGAGACAGACAUUUCGUCAUCGCCAGGAACUUGUUCAAAAUGCAGAUACAGCAACAGAUGUUUUAAAAACCUUCCCAAGGUUUUUAGAUACCAAAGGAUUGGUGAAUCAAGAUUUUGAACUUCUCUUCAAUUUGGACACAUCUUCAAAGUUAAUGGAAAAGUGGGACAGAACCUUAAAGCCAAAAAUUAUCCAGGAAGCGAAAAACUUGACUCAGACCCCUGCUGUUCAGCGUUUUCUUUUGUCAGCUGAGAAAUCCUCAGAAAAAGCCAAUUCAGCCUGGGACAGUGAUUUGUCUACGCUGCUGCUGCUUGUUCACCUUCUUCCACCAUCUGCUGGGCGGAAGAUGGCUGCAAAAAUAAGUGCCACCAAUGCAGCUGACAAACUUGUUCUGUUUCAUAAGUCAUGUUGCAGCAUUGAUGAGCAUCUAGGGAAAGUUCAAAGUCACCAACCAUAUCUUCUAGCUGUGGGGAGGAGUCAAGACGAGAUUGACAACUACUACAUUGCUCUGGAUAGUAAACUUAUACCAUGUCAAACAGCUAGUUCUCUGGGUGCUUUGGAUGAGCUCUUCAAAGUGCACUAUGUUUUUAACAUUUCCUAUGACAAUGCUCUCGACAACUUCUACACAUUUCUGCAGACCACUGUCUAUAACAUAGAUGUUGGGAAAACAAAAGAGUCUCCAUGAGUGAAAGAGCUGCGAGCCAAAUUCCUGAAUAACACCUAAACUGAAAUUUAAGAGAGAAUGCUGCUGUGUUUUAGAUGUGAAGAAUUGCAUACAGAUACUCCUUCACUGAUUUCACAUUUAAGGUUUCAACAUGGAUUCUAUCCCACCUCUAAGUGUAGACUUGUUUGUGCUCAACACGGUUGCCGAAAGCAGUUUUCAACGUACUCUGGUUUUAGGAAACAUCUGGACAAUAUUCAUGUUCCUCGUUCAGUUUUUGCAAACGUUCCUCAUGCUGAUUGUUUAAGUCAGUCAGAUGCAGUUCAGACUGGACCAUCAGAUGAAGAAUCUCUUCCAGAAGCUAUUUGUUUUGAAAGUAGGCCAGUUCCUUCUAAAAAGGAUGUGAAGGACAUGUGUGCCUCAAUUGUUGCAAAACUACAGGGAAGUGGUGCUUCUAAUACAUCAGUUUCAUCAAUUAUAUGUGACCUGGAAGAGUUUACCACAGAGUUACAAUCAUUAAUGAAGCAAAAUUUUGUUACGGAAGACUCCUCUGAAAUGUCAGCACAGUGUUUUGAAAAUCCAUUUACCAGUUUUAAUUCUGAUGCUAAACGAGCAAAGUUCUUCAGUGAAAGGUGGGGAAUUGUUGAACCGUUGGAAAUAGUUCUUGGUGUUCGGUAUGACAGUAGACGAAACAAAAGAACUGGGACCUAUGACCAGGUACCGGUUAAAGAGACUUUUGUUUACAUCCCUAUUUUGGAUACCUUAAAGUUUAUGUUUCGUAACACAGAUAUUUGUAAGCAUUUUGAAACGGAGUUUCAAACCACUCCUGAUGUAUAUAAAGAUUUUAGUGAUGGCAGUUACUGCAAGGGCCAUCCAUUGUUUUCACAACACAAUUCUUUGAAAAUCCAAUUAUAUUAUGAUGAUUUUGAGACAAGCAAUCCACUGGGGUCAAAGCAUGGAAUUCACAAGAUAGGUUGUUUAUAUUUUGUCCUCAGAAAUCUUCCACCAAAGUUCAACUCUGCUGUUCUAAACAUACACUUAGUUUCUCUCUUUCACUCCCAAGAUGUUAAAAAGUAUGGAUUUGAUGCAAUUUUAGCACCUUUGAUCAAUGAUGUUAAGAUACUUGAAGUUGAGGGGAUUGAUUUGCCCAUUUCAUCUGAAAAGGUUUACGGUUCAAUUUGUCAGAUUUCUGGAGAUAAUUUGGGUAUGAAUGCUAUUCUUGGUUUUACAGAGUCUUUUAACAGUAAUUACUAUUGUCGCUUAUGUUUAACCGAGAAGUCUGAUGCCCAAGAUGUUUACAGUGAGGAUGACCCAAGGUUGUUGUUUCGUGAUGAAGUCAGCUUUCAAAUGCACUGCAGGGAUAUUCAGUCAGAUCCACAGUUGAACUCAGUAUAUGGAGUUAAAAGGAACUGCUCUUUGAACACUUUACACUAUUUCCACGUGUGUAGCAAUUACUCUUUUGAUAUAAUGCACGAUAUAUUGGAGGGUGUUGCUCAGUAUGAGAUGAAACUUUUAUUUGGAUACCUGACUGAAAACUUGAUCUCAAAAAAUGAUCUCCUUUUGAGGAUUUAUUCGUUUGACUUCGGAUACACAGAGCGCAAAAAUCGACCAACAAAUGUCAGUUUGGAACAUGGUGGAAAUUCUAUUGGAUUGAAUUCAAUUCAGACAUUGUGUUUGGUGAGAAACACACCAUUAAUUUUUGGUGACCUUGUGCCUCCCGGAAAUCCAAACUGGAACUUGUUGCUCAUUUUACUGCAAAUUAUAAACAUUGUCUUUUCACCUGUUGUUACCUAUGGCAUGACUGUUUUUUUGAAGCAUUUGAUCUCUGAGCAUCAUCAACUUUUUAAAUCUGUGUACCCUCACAAAAAAUUGAUACCCAAGCAUCAUUUUAUGGUGCAUUAUCCUUCAUGCAUAAGGAAAAUAGGACCUCUGUUGCACUUCUGGAGUAUGAGGUUUGAGGCCAAGCACAAACUUUUCAAAAAUAUGCUGAAAAGUUUUAAGAACAUCACAAAGUCCCUUGCACGGAAACAUCAAAUGGCAAUAGGAAGUCACUGGGAAACACUGAGUUUACAGCGAAAAGAGUUUGGACCAAUGAACUUUUUCUCUCUUAAUGACUGUGAAAAUGGUGAAGAUUUAGCCAGAGCUUUACAAGUCACAGUGCAGGCUGACAUUUACUCUACCCGUUGGGUAAAACUUGAUGGCACUGAAUAUAGACCUGGUCUGGUUAUAUGCACUAAUAUAAAAAAUGAACUUCCAUUUUUUAGUAAAAUAACAAACAUUCUUGUGUUGGGUGAAAAAGUGUAUUUUUUGGUUGACAAACUUGUUACAGAGUUGUUCAGUGAGCAUUAUAAUGCAUUCAGAGUGGUUGAUGGUAAUGAAUUUGAUGCAGUUGUUCCAGCUGAUGAUCUUAAGCAUUACAAACCCUAUGACCUUCAAAGUGCAUAUGGACCAGAUGUGAAUGUGUAUGUUGUGCCUUUACAGAGUUUUGUAAUGUUAGAAGAUUGAACAAUUUUUUUGCACUCUUGGUUUUAAAAAAGUGCAUAUUUUUUUAUUUUAUUAAUUAUACUGUUUUUAUAGGCAGUGUUUAAACUAUUGUAAGACUAAAAAACAUUGUUCCACUUGAUGUUUAUUUCUUGAAACCAUUGAGUACAUAUGUACAUUUGGUCCGGUUUUUAGGCAGUGUAAGUUUUAAACCAUUGUAAGACUAGAACACCUUGUUCUACUUGAUGCAUUUCUAUUUUACUGUUUUAUAGGCAGUGUAUGUUUUGACAAUGUAUUUGCCUUUUUAAUGUUUAAACUAAAUUAAAUGAGUUUUCAAUUACAA